AUGGCUUAUAUAUCGAAGGCAGAUUUGAUUGAUGCGUUAAAGCAUGAGUUUGGUGCUGAUGACGAAACUGGCUUAUGCACAAAGAUAUUGGGUCCAGCGAGCAGGCGGCCGAAACCGGGCGGUCUACCGCUCGGCUUCCGACAGGAUGACUCUUCAUAUGAAUCGGAUGAAGAGCAGUAUUCUCCAGGAUAUUUGGCAUAUUUCGAUGAGCUCUCCACUCAAGGCAUUAUUCAGAGUCGUUUACGAUCGAGAACAGUCGAAAAUGAGAAGAUUAGCACAUCGAAAAGUGGCGCAUCAUGUACGACGGUUAUCGUUCCGGGUCGUUAUCACAUGUCAAUGGAGGCGCGAAAUAGAGGAACGCCCAAAGAGGAGCCAUUUAGAAAAACACAGAAAGAGGAGCCAACUAUAAAGAUCUACAAAGUGCAGCCAACUGGAGAAACGCAACAAGCGCAGCCAAUUGUAAAAACUCACAAAGAGGACUCAAUUAAAAAGACGACCCACAGAAAUGAGCCGACUCGAAAAACGCACACAGUGGAAGCAACUAAACAGAGCCACAAAGAGGAGUCAACUAAAAAGACGACGACCCACAAAGAGGAGUCAACUAAAAAGACGACGACCCACAAAGAGGAGUCAACUAAAAAGACGACGACCCACAAAGAGGACAUUCGAGGGGAAUUUAAGGAUGCGUCCAGUGGUCGUCAACUGAUGGUAUUCUAUCCUUUUGCGGAUGCAAAAAAUGAUGAAACUCUCGGAUGUAUGCUGAAUUUGCGCGUGCUACCAAAAACGAAAAUUUCCGAUCUGAUUGGUUUCUGCUGUUAUGCGUAUAUGCGUAAUAAUCGAACACCACCAAUAAGUGAUCCAAGCCAGUAUCGUCUACUGAUGGCCGAAGAGAACGGUGAAGUUGAUCGUGAUCUGCCACCGAUUGAUGGGCAUCGAUCACUGGCUGAGCUUGGCUCCUGUUGGAGUACCGUGGCGUUGGUUCAUCGCUCUGAGAUUACCUCAGCGCCUGUCCACAGUGAAGUUACGGUAAUGUUUGCUUUUGGAUUCGCAUUCGCUAAUUUAUCCUAUCACAGAUACACCGUAAGUGGUGGUUGUUACGUGUUUGAAUUGGAUACACUGGAUGUACCACUGUCUUGGUUGAGGGAUCGAGCACUGGAGAGACGUAUCGAAGAGGAGGGUGAUUCCUUCUUGUGUAGUAGUGAUUAUCCUGAACUGCGUGAAUAUUUGUUGGAGACAUUGAACGAACCAGAUGUAGCAUUGAAUUUGGAAGCGACAAUCGCCAGUACGGCAUGCACCGAGUUCCUGUUAAUUCGCAAAAAUAGCUCACGAGGAGACUUCCAAAUGCGGCGACCAUCCAUCAUGUCGGAUUUUGAUGCAAUGACACCACUGGCAACAACCACUAUGCAAAGAUCAAUCAGUACGGAUUUAUACUCUGCGAGAAUUGGCGAUACAAGUGCAUUGACCACACCCGUAUCGCCAUCUCCUGUCACGCCCGAGGGUGACCCUGAACUGGGAUCGUUGCUUGACGAUGAUUAUACGGUUGAAUGGUUGCAUCGUUAUAAGCCAAAAUGGUCGGCACGUCUUGGUGGAAUAGACAGAAAAUUAUUUAUUGUAGCAAUGCACGAUUUGGGUUUCGAGCUGAGACGUUGUCAGUCGGAACGAAAACGUUCACUCACACUGCUGAGGUCACCCACCCAAAAAUAUUUGAAGGUUUUAUGGGAUCAUGUUGGUGCCGUCGAUAUUGUUGCAGAUCACGGAACAGGUUCGUAA